AUGCAAAGAUUGAUGAAGCUCGGCGUAAACAUUGUCGUUGCAGGGCUCCAGAAAACUGCAAUGUGUGCUAUUAGGGUGGCACUUGCAUUCUUGGUUAUCCUUGCAGUUAUUUCCCUUGAUAUAAGUGUCUUACUAGCUGCUCUUGCUGGAUAUUCAAUUGGGUUCCUGAUUUUUGGUAGCCAAGUUGUGAAGACAGUUUAUGCAUCAACAAGUCGUGUGCAUUUCACAGUGGUUAGAGAAAGAGAAAGCUUAUUAGCAGUAACAUGUAAAUGUGGGACCAUUCUAUACAUAAGGAAUUCUCUGCUACGCCCUUAUCAUCAAGGCAUAGAAAGGUUAGAGGCUAGGCAAUACAUCUGUUUCUAUAGAAAAGAUGAGUCUUGCAAUGAAACUCUCCUUAAGUUUGCAAAGUUGGAUUUUAAUCGGUUACAAUUAUUGUACAAACAAGAGCUAGCCUCUCUCUCAAAGUGGUGGAAAGACUUAAAUCUGGCUGAAGAGCUCCCUUACAUGAGAGAUAGACUUGUGGAGACUUAUCUUUGGGCAAUCGGAAACCAUUUUGAGCCUCAGUAUGCCUUUUCUCGAGUGAUGAUCACUAAGUAUACAGUAAUGGUAUCCGCAGUAGAUGAUACAUAUGAUGCAUAUGGUACAAUUGAUGAACUCUAGUGUUUUACAAAUGCAUUCCUAAGGUACUAUGACUUUGUUUUUAUUAGCUAAUAAAUAAUAUUUAUGUUAUUAGCUUAUUGAUAAUAUUUAAACUCAAAAAAAAAAAAAAACAAUCAAUAUAAAGCUAGAAGUUGGCUCAUAUUAUUUAUAAUAUUAAUAAGCUAAAUCCAAAAAAUAAUUUGGUUCAUAUUUUUUAUUUUAAAUAUCACAUAUUUAUAAAGUGAAGGUCCUACCAGUACCUAAUUUACCUAUAUAAUACGUAGAAGUUUAUCUAGAAUAACCCUAAUCUUAUAAUCAAAUUACUAAUCAUGCAAAACAUGUGAAUAAUAAUUGUUUCUUUCAUAAAUUUGCAGAGGCGACUUUGAUGCUAUUGAUGGAGUACUAGAAUAUAUGAAAGUUCCUUACAAGGCCUUGUUGAAAUUUUUUAA